AUGGAGCUGCCACGUACCCUGGACCAGCCAUGGACACCGCCUGAAAUGGACAAAGACGACACGCUCGCGAGAUCCAACUAUUUCGAGAUAUACAGUAGCUCUCCUUUGCCAUAUCCUACGUCGCGCGAGCAGCGAUGGCUCAAGGAUGCUCGUCGUGUGCGCGACCAGCCCUGGUUAGCCGACAAGUACAGCGCCAAUACGCCCACCAGCGCAUCGCGACCCAAACCCAGUUCAAGGUUCACUGAUCCGCCUCCAUACACGCCAACACGGCCAUAUUAUCUCAACGAGUCGCAUCUGGCAUCCAAAGGCCCACCACGCUAUCCCUUCACACCGGAAAGCUCGCAGAUACUGCAGCGAAGCACUGAACUUCCCACCUCGCCUAUACUAUGGGACGAGCACUCGGAAGCGUCUUCAUCCCCGUCUUCAUCGCCCGUGCAGAAUGCGCUCUCUUCAUGCAUAUCGCAUUUCGAGAACCUGAUCAACACGCAAGAGCCCGAUGACGACCAAAUGGAGUACAUUGUAGGACAGUUCGAAGCCAUGGCCGCUCACCUAUCGACACCCGAAGCACAAGCAGACGGGGCGGAUGAGCUAUACUAUUCUGAUCCAGAUCAGGGCCUCGGUAUCCAACAAGCCGAAGAGAAAGGUGAACCCAUGGAAACGCCAACGCAGUUUCCAGAAGCUUAUGUGGCGGAAGUAGGCAACUACAUCGAGGGCGUUCAGAAGACCAUUUGCGAUCUCAAGAAGCGCCUGGAUGAAUUCAAAACUCUGAAUAGCAUCCAGCUAGACGUCAUCGAAGACCUUCGCCAGCAAAUGCGACUGGUCCGCCAGGGCAUGCGCGACGAACUCGACAGGGGUAAAAAGGAAACAUUUAAUCCGGAAGAUACGCAUCAUUUUGACAAAACUCCUCAUCUUGAACCAAAUGAGUUUUCUUCCCCUCAGCAAACCCCCAAGCAAGACGACGCGCACAAAGACGCAGACGCAGAUGCGCCAGGCGAAUUCGGCGUAGAUAGCUGGCAAACUCUCGUCGACGAGGAAGACAUCGCACGACUAGUCCAAGAGGAAUACACCAAACUGCUGCGUAGUACCGUCGAUAGCUUGACCCUGGACGACCUCGAACCGCUACCACCACGACCCAAGAGGAGACACAUUACUAUCAUUCGUUCGCCGCCUAGGCGUAGCUUCUGGGCUUCUUUUGGUGAGGCACUGGAUGCCAUGACGGAGCUUUUGUUCGAAGAAUGA